GGAGGAAGAGGAAGACAGCUCGAAAACUUUUCCCUCUAGUAGCAGUUUCCUGGCAGUUUCUCACUUCAAUGGCUACCGUCCGAGAAAAAUAGGUAAGAAGCUGACCCAUAUUCCUGAAUGCACAGUGCAGAGAUCUUAUUGGGAGAUUCAAGUGGUUGCAAAUCUGGCCAGAAGUCUUGUCAGAUAUAAGAGCUGGAUGAAAUGAAAGCCAUAGCCAGAGGACGUAGUACUGGUAUUGCCAGGCAUGGAGAUGCUCCCAGAAGGGGUAGAAAGCCAAAGAGAAAGCUGGAAGCAGGCGCCCACCAGAGCACUCUAGUGGGAGGAGGGGUGAGCGGUCACACCCUCCUCUGCCAAAAACCUGAUGGCACUGUUCCUCAGGAAGCAGCAGUCUUUGCCAAUAAUGGCCUCCAGCUCAACAAACAGAACGGCGCCAGCUCUGAAAAGACCCAGGCUUUGGCUCCAGGGGGUUUGUUGUCGGGGCAUGCAUCUAAUACCCCAUCCACCACAGCUGCACCCACAGGGGAGGGCAGCGGGGUACGACAGGAGCACGGGCAAGUUGUCGAUCCCUCUCCAGGAAAGAGCCGCAUGGCUUGGAAGUCCAUGGUGAAAUCCGCUCCUGCUCCUCAUGUACUCCAGAUGCUGAAUAAAGACAAAUCCCCAGCCACAGCAGUAAGAGACGUGGAGAAACCUCUGCAUAUCAAGCUACCUCGGACUCAGAAGCCAUCUGCACUGCCUCGAACAGUUUCAAAGAAAAAGAAAAGGAAAAUGGGAACAUAUAAUUUUGUCAACAAGAAGAAAACAAAGGUGGUGAAAAGAGGGACCCAACCCUUAUUUUCAUCUCAGGAAAGUUCCACCAUGGAAGGCGCCACCUAUGGUGGUAUGGAAGCAGAAGCUGGAGCAGUGGCCCCUGAAGACCGAGCAGAUACAUCUAGAACAGACACCUCUGUGUCUACAGAUGAGACCAGCCCAAAGGACACACCGCACGAAGUGGCCAGAGGGAUCGAGAUGUACACAGAGUUCCCUCUGCACUCACUUGACCUGAAGGGUCAGGAGGACAUCUUCUGCUCCCUGCAGUCAGGUAUGUCAGAUGGCCCGGACGCCAUGGAGACAGAUGCCAUGCUGGAGCUCCCGCUGUGCUGCUGCCGCAUGGAGGCCCCCAAGAGCCAGGAGAUCCUGACGCUGUCCGAGGGCAAGUGCAUGGCUGUGGAGAGUGUGGACGGACAGCUCAGUCUCUGCAGGAAGAACAUCCAGAAGCAGGAAAUGAUGCGGCCAUCCAUCCGGAUUCCGCUGUUGGUGCUGUGUGAGGACCACCGCGCUGGCAUGGUCAAGCACCAAAGCUGCCCCCGCUGUGGUUUCUUCUGUCGGGCAGGGACCUUUAUGGAAUGCCAGCCUGAUGGCAACAUCUCUCACCGGUUCCACCGCGGCUGUGCCUCAGUCAUCCGUGGGCAGAUCUACUGCCCACACUGUGGCGAGGAUGCUAGCCAGGCGCAGGAAGUCACCAUCGCCAAGCCAGACGCCAUGUUUGUUAUGCCAACAGCGACCGCUCUCCAAAACAAGACGGAUCUCUCACUGAAGGGUAGGUCUAAGAUUGGCCCUUAUGCGGCGUCUCCCAGUAAGUCCAAAACUGGAGCCGUGGCUGCGGAGGCGGGCGCCACCAAAGAAACACUCGAGGGCAUCCUGGAAGCACUGGAUGAGCAAACGACCUCAAGGUAUAAGAAAACACAAUAUCCUCCAGCGCAGCUUUUUACCUCUGCUAAGCAAGGAGACCUGCAGUCAGUCAUGCAGAUGUUGGUGGAAGGGGCAGACCCCAAUCUAACAGUGGACGGCACCAAGAGGCAGACACCCCUGCAUGCAGCGGCAGGAGGGGGCCAUAAUGAGAUCUGCCACAUGCUGGUGCAGGCUGGCGCCAAUCUUGACAUGUGUGAUGAAGGUCAGAGAACCCCGCUGAUGUAUGCGUGCCAGAACAAUCACCUGGAAACGGUUAAAUACCUGCUCAAAGCAGGUGCAGCCACUAACCAGAAGGACCUGAGUGGCUCCACAUGUCUGCACCUGGCAGCUAAAAUGGGCCAUUACAGCAUCAUGCAGCACCUGCUCACCGUGGCCUCUCUCGAUGUGAACUGUCAGGACGAUGGUGGAUGGACUCCAGUCACGUGGGCGAUCGAAUACAAGCACAAAGACCAGGUGCACCUGCUGCUGUCCAAAGGCGCCGAUGUCCACGUGAGGGACAAGGAGGAGAACAUUUGCCUGCACUGGGCAGCCUUCUCCGGCUCGGACGACGUGGCGCAGCUUCUGCUGGAGAUGGGCUCUGACCUCCACGCCAUCAACAUCUACGGGGACUCGCCGCUGCACAUUGCCGUCCACGAGGAGCGACUCGACUGUGUGAUGCUCUUCCUGUCCCGGGGGGCGGAUGUCAACAUGAGGAAUCGAGACGGGGACACCCCUCUGGAGCGCUGCCGGCCCAACUCCAAGCUGUGGACUAUCCUCAACACCAACAAGAAGCUGACGGACGCCAGGAAGGGCAGGGAUAACCAGGGGGACAGAGUCAUAAGCAAGGAUAUCUCUCGAGGAUAUGAGUUGGUCCCCAUUUCCUGUGUGAAUGGAGUGGAUCACGAGCCCUGCCCCAGCAACUUCAAAUAUGUCCCUGAAAACUGCUGCACGUCUCAAAUGAAUAUUGAUGAAAACAUCACACACUUACAGCACUGCAAAUGCAAAGAUGACUGCUCCUCCAAUAACUGUGUUUGUGGCCAGCUCAGUAUACGUAGCUGGUAUGACAAGGAGGGCCGGUUGCUUCCGGAGUUUUCCCGGGAAGACCCGCCCUACCUCUUCGAGUGCAACCACGCCUGCUCGUGCUGGAGGUCGUGCCGGAAUCGUGUGGUACAGAACGGACUCCGGACCAGGCUCCAGGUCUUCCGAACCGAUCAGAUGGGUUGGGGAGUAAGAGCGCUGCAGGACAUCCCCGAGGGGUCGUUCGUCUGCGAGUAUGUGGGAGAAAUAAUCACCGAUAAAGAGGCCAACACUAGAGGAAACGACGCCUUUCUCUUUAAUUUGGACAACAAGGUUGGUGAUGUCUACUGUAUUGAUGCCCAGUUCUAUGGCAACGUGGCCCGGUUUCUGAACCACUUAUGUGAGCCUAACCUGUUCCCUGUCCGAGUAUUCACCAAACACCAGGACCUGCGUUUCCCUCGGGUGGCUCUCUUCUCCUGCAGGCACAUCAGAGUCGGAGAAGAACUUGGCUUUGACUACGGUGAGCACUUCUGGAAGGUCAAGAGCAAGUACCUGAGCUGUCAGUGUCGCUCGCCCAAAUGCAGGUAUGCUGCACGUGCCCUGGGCCAGAGCCAGGUGAGCCCCGCGCGGAUGACACCUGGUCCUCUGCCCCCCGGUCCACUCUCCCGCGCACAGACCGCCGGCCCCACCAGUCUCCAGGCCACCAAACCAUGAGCCCACAAGCUUCCCCGCCUGUGCUUUUACAUUUUUUUAAUGUGGAGUCCUAAUGUAAGAAUGUUUGUCAUGUACCAAUACUAAAUUGAGCAUAGGGUGGUACUAAGCGCAUUUUUAAAGAAAACUGCCUUAUAGAAAAAGCACAUGUUUGAUUGUUGAAUGAUCCUCUAUCAGACUAUGAAUUCAAAUGUGGUGCCAGUGGAUGUGUGUGGUAGUGAACUGCAUGCUCUUACUUCCACGAAAUCGUAGAUUUUAGAUUGAAAUGAAUGUGUGAUAGGAAAAUAGCAAUGAUGAGAAGCCAAUUAUUUUACAAUUAUAUUUUUUACCAAAUGUGUCUGUACAGAAUGAUGGGAGAUGUGUCAGGGGGCAAAAUGUUGGAAUGGCCACUUUGCUGAGGAAAAUAAGCCUAUGGCUUAGUACUCCAGGGUAAAAUAAUGAAAUCUGUUAAUCAGUGCUGAGAAUCAUUGUCUUAUGUGGGUUUUACUAGUAUUAUCUAAGAAAUAAAGACAAUUCAAAGUC